AUGUACAACCCGUGCAAGAAUGGGGUAGAGGAAAAGGAGAAGUAUGACGUGAGAGACAGAAUUCUUCCUGUGCGUCCUUUAAUGCGCCUCGCUGCAAAGCUGGCUAACCGAAGAAUGAGAAGAGAUCUGCGGAGAGGGCAGGGGACGGCUGGAGUGGACUUUACCAAGAAGGAUCCUAACGCAGACACCGAGUGGAAUGACAUUUUACGCAAAAAGGGCAUCUUGCCCUCAAAGGAAAGUUCCAGAGAAUUGGAAAAGGAAGCCGAAGAGGAGGAGCAGCGAAUCCUUCAGCAGUCAGUUGUCAAAACCUAUGAAGAUAUGACUUUGGACGAGCUGGAGGAUAAUGAAGACGAAUUUAAUGAGGAGGAUGAACGUGCUGUUGAGAUGUACAGGCAGCAAAGACUGGCUGAGUGGAAAGCAACUCAGUUGAAGAAUAAGUUUGGAGAAGUUUUGGAGAUCUCAGGAAAGGAUUAUAUUCAAGAAGUUACGAAAGCUGGUGAGGGCCUAUGGGUAAUCUUGCACCUUUACAAACAAGGGAUACCCCUCUGUGCUCUAAUAAAUCAACACUUCAUUGGACUUGCACGAAAGUUUCCUGAUGUUAAAUUUAUCAAAGCCAUCUCAACAACUUGCAUCCCCAAUUAUCCUGAUAGGAAUCUGCCCACAAUAUUUGUUUAUCUUGAAGGAGAUAUCAAGGCUCAGUUUAUUGGCCCUCUAGUGUUUGGUGGCAUGAACCUGACAAGAGAUGAGUUGGAGUGGAAAUUGUCUGAGUCUGGGGCAAUCAAGACAGAGCUGGAGGAAAACCCCAAGAAACAAGUAAAAGACGCGUUACUGUCAUCCGUGAGGUGCUCCGUCCCCACAAGGAGAGACAGCAGUUCUGAGGACGACUGA